CAACGUUUCUGACCCAUGGCCCUGCGAUUCGCGUUAAUCAAAUCGGACACUUGUGAUUGAGAGCUGGGAAGCUGCGACGCGACCUGUCCUUACCUCUUUCGAAACCUUGCACGACCAACGGCGAUUGCGACCGCAGCCAUGGAAGCGAGCGCGCCGCCUCCAGAGCCCGACUCCAGGAACAGCUUGCGACACAUUCUCGCAGCAGACCCCAGCAUGGACGAUACAAAGCCCUCGCCGUCGCAGGCCAACACGCCGGUCCCUGAUGACAGUGAAGCUGCAGCGCAGUCGCAGGACGGCUCGAAGACAGCCGCCGAUCCUGAUGCCAUACCAAAUUACACAGCAACCACUACGACAACGCGCCGCAAUGCGAAUGGCAGUGUGUCAUCUGUCUACAGUGGAAAUAAGAUCAAGCACCUGAAGAAGGACGAUGGCAUACCGCUAUGGCGCAAGGACAUCCAGUACGAUUUCCUCAAGCUAGUCUUCGAGGACGACACGCGCGCAUUCACCAAGCAAUCAGACAAGACGGGUGGUCAUACGUUCGCAGAUAUCUACCUUGAUGCUAUGGCGAAGAGCAGCAAGUGCAGCAAGAUACUGAAGGACAAGCUGUUGACAGAGCGCCCGGCCGCCAUCAACAUGGCCAUGGUGUGCUUGCUGGUCAAUGUGGGGCGCAUGAACACUACCCUCAACUUCUUCCCCGAGAUGCGAGCACAGCUACGAACCUACCACUCGAUCCCGUCCCUCCAAGCCCACCAAGAUCCAAACGCAUACAAACAGCUGCAGGAUGCACCACGGCUGAAGUCGAUCCUCAAAGGCGCAACUGAAGACCAAGAGCAGCCCAGCACGAUCGAAGAGAUCAUGUCUGCGCCUAUACCACGAACAAACCCUGUCAACCUGAUAUUUGUACUGUCUCAAUAUGCGCCCAAGAUCUCAGAACUGCACUUCUUCCCACCACGCGACUUCUUCGACCUCGUCAUGCGGUCGAACCUGAGCAGUAGGAGUAGGGCAACUGCCUUUCUAUGGCUCAUGUGGUGGUAUCUCGAGAGCGACUUCUCCAAGAAGGCUGCAGAAGAGAACCCCUUUGGACCAGGACAAUACGGCCCAGCUGAUGACCCUGCAACGGCGGAGUUUCCAAUCAAGUGUCCAGCGUUCGACUUCUUGACCCCAGAACAGGAGCUAGCAGAGAAUGUGGAUACAAAUGAUGAGAAGAACUUCGGCGAGAUCAAACGCAAGGAGAGGAUAGCUAUAUUGGCAAGUGACAUGGCUCCUGUCGUGACGGGACCAAAGCGCACAAACAAGAAGGUCUUCAAUCAGAACCCUGUCUUCUCGGUUGUGGCAGACGACGGCGCCUCGACACCUGGUAGAGAUAGGCAGUCCACACCAAACGGAUCUGUCAAAGGUCGCGGAAAGCUAGGCAAGUCCAUCAUAGAGCGAGAUUAUCCGUCAGAUACAGAUCGCACACGAUCAGUCUCACCGCCUGCUAAAGCUACACCAAAUAUGCGGAUCAAUACGCUUCUCAAUGACGAUGCGCCAAUGUCUACACCAGCUCCUAGCAAAGGCCCUGGUCGUGGCAACUGGUCGCGUACUAAAACCGGCACAGGAGGGCCCCGCAACUUCCGCUCAAAGCUCGACGCAAGCGCUUCCCAAGACGGGCAAUCACCCUCUGGCAAUGCACCCACCUUCUCUGGGCCACACGGCUUCUACCUCCCAUUGAACGGUUCAGACCCAGCCCACAAGCGCACGCGUCCCCUCACGCAACACCAACUAGCCGUCGAGCAGUAUCGUCGACGACGUGUCGAUGUGAUCCUCGAUCGCGGCCUACGAGUUGAAUACAAGGCUGCUGCAAAGCGUCGCCGCAAGGCAAAUCCUUUCAUGCGGGCCUGGAUCCGCUGCAAAGGCAUGGCAGAUGGCUACGACACAGACGAAGAGAACAACACUCCUGGCCACAACUCUCAAGAUACGGAUCAUGGCACCAACACCCCACCACCCAUGCCUGCUGGCCUUGUUCCUUUGGACUUUGGUGGCGAAGUCAACGAUCAUGGCGAGGAGAGCUACUACCGUGGCAAGAUGCUGGGUAGAGCAUUACGCCGCCUUGAUCGCUGGGAGAACGGAAAGAGUGGAGCUAGCUCGAGGACGAGAGGGCAGCGGUAUGUGGAAGAUAUGGAAGAGAGGACUGAGGACGAGGACGAGGAUAUGAUGGAUGCAGAAGAGAUGGAGAGGAGGGAAGAGAUGGACUCAGAAGAGGAAGAUGAGGAUAUGGAAAGGUACGACCCAAACACGCUACCACCGCUGCCGAGAGUGGGCGUCUAGGAUAUGUCUCAGUAUUUGAGGUAAGCAUUGGCGUUCAGGAGCAGAGGUUCUAAAGGUCGUCACUGGAUAUGCGUUCAAGUUAUGUAUGAACAAACUUGUGGAAUGCAGGUCUGCCCGACUUUUGUCGAGCAGAGGCAUACAGUCAUGGCGUAUGUGGACAUAAUACCUGACCAAG